AUGAAACUCAGUGUUGAGUACGAUGCCAUAAACGAGCUCAACACCUUCAGCAAUGGAGAUGUUUUGGCAGGCCAGGUUAUUGUUGAAGUGUCAAAGAAAACCACCAUCAAGUCCCUCACCAUCAAGGCAAAAGGGAAAGCCAGUGUUGUGUGGACGGAAACUCACGGAGACCAUCAAGUGACGUACUGGGAUAACGAGAAGUACUUCUCACAGACAGAGUCUAUUCUACCCAAAGAGAACAAAGAUGGCUCUUUCACUCUCAGUGGUGGGAGACACACUUUUGCUUUUGUGGUGCAGCUUCCCUUAAAUGACAUGCCGUCAUCUUUCAAAGGUGAAUCUGGCAAAGUUGAAUAUCACCUGGUGGCCCAGUUAAACAGAACAUUGCGAGUGCCGUGCAAAGCCAAGACAAAAUUCAGCUUUGUUUCACGUCCCGAUGCGCUUCUUCCCGUAUCCAUGUCACCACAAUAUGAAGUUAAAGAGAAGGACGUGACAUUCUUUGCUUCUGGGAAGAUCUCAAUGAACAUCUUCCUGGAGAAGACAGGUUACCAGCAAGGUGAAAACUUGGUCGUCAGAGGAGAAAUCGUCAACAGCUCGACGAGAAAGAUUGUUCCUAAAUAUAUCAUCUAUCAGAAGCAGAGCUUCUUUGCUCAGGGGAACAGAACAGUGCACACUACAAACAUUGUGAAGGAGAAAGAGGCUCCUUUAUCUUCCUCCACCAGGCAAUCUGUGUCUAAAAUAUUGACUGUUCCCUCCGGAGUCACCCCCACCAUCCUCAACUGCCGCAUCCUGAAAGUGGAAUACAGGCUGAAGGUUAUCCUGGAUGUAUCCUUCACCAAAAACCCGGUAAUUAAACUCCCGCUGGUCAUUCUGCCUGGUGGCAUCGAUGAAGCCAUGAAGAAGCAACAACCCCAGAAAUCCAGCUGGACCAGCUAAGGCCAAUAUCUUAAUACUGGUCCUCAUUAGGUCCUCUGAAAUCUGUUUUACAUGCAGGGAAAUGAGCAAUACUGAUCAAACUAAAACAUGACAAAUGCUCCAAUAAUUACGCCUACAUAUCUUAGAGAGCAACAAAAUUGCUUACCAUGCUCAUGAUACUCAUAUCGACUGGUGAGAGGUUGGUGGCGGUUGGUUGGUGUAGUGGGUAAAUUCUCUGCCUUCAGCAUGUUAGCAUGUUACCUUCAGUAGAUAUCUCAGCAACACAGUACAUAGACGUCUUUGACAUCGUCAAAACUCUGAAUUCUCCAGAUUCUGUUGAUAGUUUAGUUAGUUUUGGAAUGUUUUAUACCACAGAUCUUACAAAUGGCAUCUUUAAAAUGAACAUGCAUCAUCAACACGCAUUAUAUCUCUGUUAUGAACCAUCACUUCAAAGUAAACAAACAGAGGCCUAACUAAGAAUCCCAUAUAUCUGUUCUAUGAAUUAUGCCCUCAAAUUAAAAUGAUACAGGGACAUAUGUGUGAAAUAGUUUAGUGUGAGGACUUCAAAAUCUUUCAGGGAGCUGAUUUAUAGUGUUAGGCCUCUGCCUUGUUAAUUCUAUUACUUUGGAAUGAUGCUUCAGAGUUUAUGGGCCUCUGUGUCAAUGCAGUGUCAUUUCAUUCAUUAAACCAUCCAGUGUCGUCUUGUAUAGUGAAAUAAGCUGUUCAUAAAUACUCAAAUAAUGAUGUUUGAAUACCUUUUUCAAUUUGUGAUGAAGUCACUUCAGAUAAAGUGUCAGCGUCUGUUUAUCUCUCUCAUCAGUGGACGAACCCAGUAGACUCAUUGUACUGAUGAAUGGAGCAAAUCAAUAAUUAGAUGUGUCUUCAAAUAAAUGAGAACAAGGCAGGGAUCAUUUUAUUUGGCAUCAUUGUCUCUUAACUUUCUAUAGCCAUAAUAAAGCCAUCAUUAAAACCAA